AUGGAGAGGAUGGAGAUAACUUACCGUAGGCAUCCCAGCGGAGAUGGCGUCGGAGAAUGGCGACGGUGGUCAGUGAGCGGGGAUGUAGGUGAGUGGCAGAGCUCCGAUGGCCUCUUCCCGCCUGGUUUUAGGUUGGGUUCUGGUCCAAAUCAGCGGAGAAAACAAAUGGGAGUGGUGUUUGGUGGUGAUUUUCAAUUGAGAGGAGGGGGUAUAAGCAACCCCAAAGGAAGGAUGUCAGGGAGUGGUGUUAGGUGGCACACAGCGGAAGCUCCCAUGCUCUGCCCCUCGGUUUUGUCCGGCGAGAUUAACGAGAGAGGGGCGAAGAAGAUGGCAGAUGGUCGGAGGGGUGGAAUUCCGACAGCAGCAACAACGUUGAGUGAUGAAGUGGGCGUCAGCGAUGGGUGGCAGUCGAUUGUAGUCGACGAUUUUGCCCGUUUUCUCCUUUGUUUCGAGCGGAUUCCGGCGAGAGGGAGAGGUUGUAAGGGGCGGACUGUUGGUUCAGGCCCUGUUUCACACAACAAAAACAGAGUAAAAGAGUGA